ACGGCCCUUAACCCGGCCUCUGCGAAAUAUGGCUAUAUAUUCUGAUGAAUUUGUGUGAAACAUUACUACGGCAUUUGACUAUCUCUCGACAUGGGGCGUUUGGCGUUAGCAGCAGUGUGUGUCCUUGGACUUGUGUGCAUUACGCAUGCAGCAGCACCUAGAGCAGGAGAUGUGUCACCUUUAUUCCCCUUCAAGUUUUUGACACGUAGCCUGAGUGAGACUGAACGACAAGCUCGGGACAGCCACGACGAACUCCAGGAGGAGAUUCAAGAUGUCGUUGAAAAAAUCGCCGCUGCCAAUUCGGGGUCCGACUUGAGCCGACGUGAGAAUGUGGCGUUUGGCUUAGGAGGCCGUUGUGGGGCUCUUGGCCAGUCCUGCAGCUACUUAAAGACCCACUGUUGCGGACAGCUGAGAUGCAGGCGCCAAAAAUGGUACCAUCACUCGGGCAUUUGCGCGUGAGAGUCGACGUAGAGGUCUGUGUUUCGGAUCAAUACAAUGAUGAAGAAAAGAUGUUGUGUUAAAAUCAAGAAAUAAAAUGUUUUCACAUUUUAAAAAAA